GUACUGAAGAGAGGAUGAGAAGCUUUGGGUGGCGUUCGCUAAAUCUCAGUGUGUCCCCGCAGGGCUGCCGUAGUUAUUUACAGCUCCGGGAUAGAUGGUGAAGUAAAGUUUUGGAAGUAGUGGAGUUGCUGUGUAGAAUUAAUCGCUCGCGUACUCGGUGAUCUCCACUGUGUGAAGUAUGACCCUGCAGUCCAUGCCUGCCGGAGCCCAGACGGACGCGAAUGUCCGGUCAGCGGUCUCUCAAAUUUCAGCGCCAGCGAGGGAAAAGCUAAUGCUAACGCUAACUUAGCUUGUGGCCAAUGCCGGCAGCGGACUGACAUCGCUUUAGCCGAGGACAUUAACUACUUCUGUUUCUCACUUUAGUCUAAAAGCUUUCCGGAGUUUGUGUUUGCAUACUUAGUGGGGGAGUACAAAACAGUUUGAGCGGUUUCGACACUUUUAAAGACUGUUAGAAGCUAGCUCCAGUUAGCAAAUGCUAGCAACUUCCCUGAGUGGCUAGCAGGAAAACAAACUCGUAGUCGUAUCAUUUACAUCCUCUUUACGCUUUUCUGCUGCACAGCUGAGGAUGGCUUGACUAGUUAUUCUGAAAUGGGUAGCUAUAUGCCGCAGUUACGAUGUCACUAAAGUAGACACGAAGUUCUCUGACUUAAACUUCAGUGUGAAACAGCGUUAAGUGUGAUUAUGUGCAGGCUACUUCGUUACUGUGUGAGCCAUUCGCUGUAUGCAGCGAUGACUAGACUAGAGGAGAUCAAUAAAGGAGUCAGUCUGUGGAUGUCCAUUCGCUAUCUGGGCUACUUGUCCACUCUUAACUUACUUGUAGCUGUAUGCCUGGGCCUGUAUGUACGCUGGGAGAGGACUGCACAGCCUGUGCUGCUGGUCAUUUUUAUCCUGGGCCUAUUUGUCUUGGGCAUGGCCAGCAUCUUCUACUACUACUUCAGCAUGGAACGGGUCAGUCUCUGUCUCUUCCACCUGUGGUUGGGUUUCCUGCUGGGCUUGCUGUGUUUUCUCAACGUCUCUUCCCUAGACAUGGACUUAAAGGAACAGAUCACCUGCUACAUGCUGGUGGCCAGUGUACUGAUCAGGACAUUGUGGGCUUUGGUGGAGCGAGUGUGUGGCUGCACCAGGCAUCGACCUGCUCUGCUGAAGUCUGCUGAGGCCUUGGAGCUUACAGGCUUCGCAGUGGCCAGUACCACCCAAGUGGCUCAGGACUCCAUGAGCCUGGCUGUGCUGGCGCUGGCUGUCGCUACACUAGUCACAGACUUGCGAAUGAAGUCCUUCCUGGCUCUUCCCAACCUGAUUUGCUUCUCAGUGGUCACUGCAGUAUUCUUUUUUAAGUCUUUAGGGGUAACCACAAACCCCUACGCUUUGGCCUGCUUCCUAAGCCGGCUGGUCUGCGAGCCCCUCCUGGACAUCUAUUUCAGUGGUCUCUCUGUGACUGAGCGCUGGUCACCCUUUUUGAGAAGAGGUGGGCUGUGGAGGCGCCUCACUCUUCUGCCCCUUCUGGCCAUCGAAAUAGCCUUUCUGGUCCUGUCUGCUUUUAAGAUGGGCAAUCUGGACCAGUGGUAUAUCGUGAUCCCCAGUUUUUCAGCCUCAAGCAUUUUCUGGAUCAUCUGCCACGUGGUGUUCCUGGUCACUCUGUGGGGUUUUCACAGCAAGCUGAGCGACUGCCAGAGAGCCUGUGUGGUUCAUAGGACAGAGCUGGGAGCUCUGGACAGGGUGAUGGCCUCCAGGGGGAUGCGCCACUUCUGCCUCAUCUCAAAACGCCUGGUGUUCCUCAGCCUCUUGUCUACAGUCAUAUUUGGAGCACUGUCAUGGCAGCCAUCCAACAGUCUUUUCAUUAGUGUAUUUCUGCUGGUCCUGCCUUUGGAGUCACUUGCUCAUGGGUUUUUCUAUGAACUGGGAAACUGCCUUGGAGGUACAUCUGUUGGCUAUGCAGUGGUCAUUCCUACAAACUACUGCAGCCCGGAUGGUCAGCCCACCCUGCUGCCUCCAGAUCAGGUGCAGGAGUUGAACCUGCGCUCCACAGGCAUGCUGAACAGCGUGCAGCGCUUCUUCUCCCACCACAUGAUCGAGACACAUGGCUGUGACUACUCCACCAGCGGACUGACGCUGAGCACAAUACAGGCCAAACUCCGCUCUUUCCUAGAGGCCCACACAGCUGACGGCCCACGCUUUGACACCUAUGUCCUCUUCUACAGUGGCCACACACACCGCACUGGAGAAUGGGCACUGGCAGGUGGGGACGUACUGCGUCUAGACGAGAUCGUGCAGCUCUGGAGAGAGAAGAAUGCCGGCUACUGCUCUCGCCUCAUUCUAAUUCUGGACACUGAGAAUUCCCUCCCCUGGGUGAAGGAGGUGCGGAGGGUGAAGGACAUGUAUGUAGCCGUACAAGGAGCUACAUUAUCCAACUCAGUGGACCUGGAGAUCCAGAAUGCCCCUCAGCUUGGAGAUUUCACCUCCCAGUGGGUCGACUUCAACUGCAACCCAGACAGCUGUGUCCGAUGGGCCGAACGAGGGAGAACUGUAAUGGCGAUAUACGGCCUCUCGAGACACUGGGGGGACUACAAGCUCCACUUACCUACAGGAAAUGAUGUGGCUAAGCACUGGAAGAUGUAUUUCCCCCGUUUGACAUACCCCGUGGUUCAGCUGGUCCAUUGGUGCAGUGCUCUAAACCUGUUUUUGCUCUGUGGCAUCUGUCUGCGCUUUUUGCGAAGGUUCAAACUCAACUGGUUCCCUCCGGCAGUGCUCGACACUGGCCAGGGCUUCAAAUUGGUCAGGUCAUAGAAAUGGACAGUGCAGCGUCACUGAAAAGCGUCGGAGCUCAGCAGAUUUUAGCACUUGUUGUAUAUCGUCGCUGUCAUACCAAAAUCUCAAAACCUUACUUAUUGCUUUUUUAGUUUUUAAAAAAAAGCUGCUCUUUAUAUUGAGUAAACAUUUGUAGGAGCAAUAGAAAUGGCCUCGAGUUACAUUAACAAAAACAAUGCUAUGUACAUUAAAACUAACAUUUUUUUCUCCUACUAUGAUGUUACCAUAUCGAGGACAUGAGAUUUUGUUAUGACUGCGAUGAAUAUUUGUCUGAUGAACCUCAGCAGUGGCAGCUCUUGGUAUCAGUGACCAUGGCACCAUGAUUGUCUUUAAUCUCAGGAGUGAAAGGAAUCUGUGUGUGAGUGAGUUUGUUUGGGUGCAUCUAUGACAGAAAUGAUCUAAAAAUAAGUGAAAUCAGUAAAUUGUUAUGUAGGCCAAUGGUCACUAUCACAAAGGAAAUUGUCUUCUAAGGCAAAAUCACCAGCACUUGAUUAAUGGAUGCUAACAGGUUACUGUGGGCAAUGCCAAAAUCAACCGUUUCAUAUUUUUUGACUAAUCUUGCUGUUACACAGCUUGCAACUACUGCUAUUGUUUCUUUUUAACAGUUCAUAACCAUUUUUAACACUUUUUCAGGGAUAGGGUUUAGGCAUUGAAGUGUUCAUCAACACUUGUUUGGUUAUAGGUCACUGUGAUUUAGGGCUGGCCUGAAUCCUUUAAAUUCUUGAGUAUUUAUUUGUUACAUUGGUAGUCAUUUCUCUAUUUAGUCUAAGCACAUUUCAUCAGAAGAACAAUGCUCAGUUCACGAUUUGAGACGAGACACAGCCGUGACAAGUUUGUCGAGAAUAUCAUACUUGUAAGUAUAGUGAUCCUUAUCUAUGUACUGCCAUGCAUCCAAUCCACACAUCCUCCAUCUCAACUCCCCCGCGUAACUGCUUCAGACAAGAACGUCAUCUCGUUUUUCUCCUUUCCUGUUCCAUUUAAACGAUUUUAUAGAGGGUCUAAACAAGAGCAUAAACAGUGAAUCUGUUUAUUGCGACAAUACUCCACACAUGGAUAGUUCGGGGCAGGAACUGCACUUCAAACUACCACACCAAUGAGGAGAUCACAUUUUGGUGAAGUAUUGUUUUCAGCAUAGAAGACGGAAAAAAUGGCAGUGUGUGAUUUGACUGGAUCUCGCAUACAAAUGGAGAAAAUACUGGCUUAUAUUUUUGUAUCUGUUCCUUGAGAGGGACGGCUAAAAACACUUCAAAUAUAGUUUUGAAGAGUCAUUUUGAGAACAAAGACUUGUUUGGAAAUUUCAGCGAGCAUUUCAAGCCUGUGAAACACUGUUCAGACCAGCCCUAAUGUGAAUCGGCUUGCAUCCCCUCCUCCAUACACUAUAACACUCAGCCAUUCACUAUUCGGUUUACUAUUUUCCCUCGUUUGAAACAAACUAUGGCUUUAAAGUAGAUUCUGUAUAGGAAACAUGAGUCACUUCAGGUUACAGGCCACUGGGGUCCUGAAUUCAGAUCAGUUUUUUAGUAGAUCUUGAUAUAUUUAUAUUGAACUAUUUUGGAGACAAUUUGUUUAUUAUACUAUAUAGUAUUUUGCCCUUUGUAAAUUUUGAUAUUUAUGCUUUACCUCACCAGCAGAAUCCAGCUUUGAAUGUAAUGUAGUAAUACUGUGCUUUAGUGUUGACAGCGCAGCAUGACCAAACCGAGGCAAUGUUAAACAGUUUUUUUGUGUUUGUUAAUCAGUACAUAUCCUAGAUCAGGGGUGCCCAGUCUUAUCCACAAAGGGUCAAUGUGGCUGCAAGUUUUCAUUCCAGCAAUACAGGAGCUCACCUGAUCAACUGCUGAAGAAGGAGACCAACUGAUUAAUCGGCUGAGCUCCAGCUUGUUUGGCAUGAAAACCUGCAGCCACACCGGCCCUUUGCUGAUAAGGUUGGACACCUCUGUGCUAAAUACUUUGCCCUAGAUUGACAGAUAUAGUCUGUUAGAUGACCACCUUUGCUGAAGUAGAAGUAAAGGUACAAUUUUCCAGGUUUUUUUGCGGCAAUAUCGCUGUUAAGGAAGGUUCUUUGUAGAAAAUUCUGUCUAGUCCUGAACUACACUACAGUUCUAAUUGGCGUGCUAGAAGCAGACAUGUAUGUUAAUCAGUACAGUAAUUACCCCCCCCUCUGGAAAAAAAGUGCCUUAUAGCUUCACCGAGAGGCCUUAUUGUCUGAAAAUGAUUGGCGUUGAGGUGUAUGGGGCUGGCUUAAACUGUUGGCUGAUGUUAACAGGGCGCAGUCAUAUGCAAGCCAUGUGAACUGUAGUGGGUACUGUGGUGUUUACGGUUUACUCACAUGCAUGAAAACUUUACUGAGAAUAGAUUUCCCAAAAUAAAAGAACACUCCUUUCCCUGCAA